AUGGAACACAAAAGUAAUUGUGACCACACCAACUGCACUGCAGCUAAUUCCAAUCAAUCAGUCUGUCAAACAUUAUCUGAAAUGGAUUGGGAAAGGGGCUUAUGGUAUGCAGCAUUUAAUGGUGACAUAGAAAGAGUUAAUGCCCUGAUUUCUAAAGCAUCUAACAUUAAAGACACAGUCAAUGCCCCUGACAAUUCGGGAUACACUGCACUUCACUAUGCUGCACGGAAUGGACACACUGACGUUUGUGACAUAUUGAUAAAAAAUGGAGCUUGUAUCGACGCUCAAACCAAAAGUGGCAAAGCAACACCUCUCCACAAAGCUGCUGCAGCAGGAAACACCACAGCAGUGAAGUUUCUUAUUGAUUCGGGAGCAACUGUAGACAUGCAGGAUGUUGAUGGACAGACAGCUCUUCACAAAGCUUUGGAAAACAACAAGUUUGAACUGGUCAGGAUUUUAUUAGAUGCAUGUCCUCAGUUACAUCACAUUAAUGACUUUAAAGGCAGACGUCCUAAUAUACCUGAAUAACAAAAUAUUUGUAUCUAAUUUAUGCACUUUACCUUUUUUAUAAACUCUGAUCAUUUGUUGACUUUUUAGCUUGUUGUGUAAACGAAACUUGUCAUUAGACACAUUAUUUCUCAUAACACCUAUAAUUUAAUUGAAUUAGAAGUAUGCUGCUAUAUUUAAAUGAAACUAAAAAUAUGUUAUUUUUAGAAAACCUAAAUAUAAUUCCAUGUUUUAUUUUUAUGAUAACUGGUCACAACCAGUAGAAUGAAAAAUCAUUUAUAAUUUUGUUAUUCUCUUGAUGAUCGAAAUUUAUAUAAGUUAUUGAUAUGAUAACAAUGAUAAGUUUAUGUUAAAAGAAUUAUUUACUGUUAUAUUUUAUUUUUAAUUAUUAUCAAUGUUUAUUUAUUAUUUUUAUGAGGCCAAAUUUUUGGUGUUACAGUAUUACCACCAAUUAUUUUUAUUAGAAAAUGACCACAAAUAUUGCUUACAUAAAAUGGCAGGCGUUUAUUUAUAUUGCCACAUUUUUGCAAUUAUCAGUAAUCAAUCAGGAAUUCAAAAGUAAGAAAUACCUUGUGUUUAAGUAAAUAUUUAAUAUUGGUGGUAAUACUAGUCAUACUUGCAAGAAACCUUUUUUGUGCACAUUCCCAAUAAUUGAUGUAUCAACUCUGUUAACCUGUACCAGAUUUCUAAACAUUUUCAAUGGUCUAUCUGUCCAGCUGUUAAUAUCAAAAGUGAAAGUAAGCAGAAGAUAACUAUUUGCACUUUUGUCAGUUUAGCCUAGGCGCAGACCACCGACUUUUAGUUGGCCGAUAGUUGAGUCUGGCUGUUAAUCAGUAUGGAGAUGAAUGAAAGUGCGCACAUUGUAUCGGCGGAUACUUCAUACAAAUUAGAAUCGGGCCCUACUAUCGGCCGACUAAAAGUAUGUAGUCUGCGCCUAGACUUAGAUGUACCAUUGCAGAAUCUCACUGACGUCACUCGCGAUAGCAAGUGAGAAACUGAUAUGGAGUUGUUCUCUUUUAUUUCGCCUGAAUAAGGAUGUCAUUAGGAAAUAAAAGUAUGCAUUUUUUUUUAAGUUUGUAAACAAAAUGGAAAGCAAGAUUGUUGUAGCAUUUAUAUUUGUUUUUAUAUUAUCAGACUUAACUGCACAUUUAAGGUGCUGUGAGGAUAUAGGAACAGAAGUAAGGAGUCAUGGGUGUUACUAAAACAGUCAUGGCAAUAUUUAAUCCAUAUAAUUUUAAGUAAAAUACAUUUAUUAGUAUGAAUUAAGUAUUUUAUUAUGAAUUUGUAAACAAUAUAUACCAUCCCUGUAAUUUUAGGUUUUAAAAUGUAUAUGUUACCACUGAUAUUUUGUUUUUCAAAAGAGGAUAAAAAUACAAUGUUAUAAGUUUGGACCCCAUCAACCAAUGUUCUUCAAUCUAGGCAGCUUUUUCACUAUCGAAUGUUUAAAUAAAUAUUAGUAGUGUGGCAAUAGUAAAUUAAUUAAAGUUUGCCACAUAUGCUUGCUUAUUAUUGGUUGGUGGGCUGGUGGAAUGUAUCCUCAGUUGAUAUGCUGUAACAGAAACGAAGGUUCUGAUUUUUAAACUAAAUGGUAACAUUUACAUGGUGUAAUAAUCAUAUCAUUUUUUAACCUUUAAAAAUGUGUAAUAAUAAGUAUGUUAACAGAGAUCCAAGUAAUAAAUAGGUACUACAUUAAAUAAGUCGACGUCAAAAAUAUCAUUACACCUUUUAUUUCUGUUCAUGUAUUUUGUCUCAACUGUAAAGGCAUUUUUGAGCACUGUAAAUAUAUUUUUAAUGUCGACUAUACACCAUUAUGCAUCUUACAUGUCUAGAAUUUUCAUUAGGUAUAAUGUUUAUGUUUUCAUCUUUGAGUAUACAUUGACUUUGUAUUAUGUUGAUAAUAAAUGAUUACAUAUCUAUUAAACACA